AUGGCGACUGGCUCUGCUCGGACUGGUCCAUUCAUCGGCCAGUCAGGUCGCAGCUAUAACGUCGAACGAGUACUCCAGGAAGAGACAGACCCCCCACGCCAGGUUUACGUUGCAACUGCCGAUAAUCGAGCCUUUGUUUUGAAAUAUAUACACGCGGUCAACUUUGACUAUCUUGAAGCGAUAAACAGUAGACUACGCGGCUAUGCUAGCCAUGUCCGUCUUGUUGAAGACACCAUACCCGAAAAGUCGAUGUUUGUUUUCGAGUACUUUGCAGACCACCUUUUACAUCUUGCCCAGAUGGACCUACCUCGUGAAAUGAUGAAAAGAGUACUCAGGGACACCCUUCGUGGGAUAGCGGAGCUUCAUGAUCAGGAUAUUGUGCAUACUGAUAUCAAGGCGGACAAUGUUUUCAUUGACUACAGGAACAACCAAUCCGGGACUGCUGUUAUUGAACACGUCCAGCUCGGGGAUCUUGAGGAUGCCGCACAUAUCCCUCUUGGGUCAUCUAUGAUUGGGAAACAGGCAGGAAACUGGAUGUGGAGGAGCCCUGAGGCCCAUGCCAAGGGCCCUGUGAACAAGCCGUCUGAUAUUUUCUCAUUUGCACUUGUUUGCAUUUAUGCGAUGCAUCGAAGAGUGAUUUUUGCAGUUGGAGACGAUGAGUUGGAAGAAGGGGCGGUGGACCCAUUGGCUGUUGUGAUUGAGCGUCAAAUCUCCUACUUUGCAGACGAGGAUGGGCUAAAGGGGUUCCUGAAAUAUCUCGGGGACAAUCCUUGGGUACAUGUCUUUGAAAUCGUUCGAGAUGGUUUCAAUAAGGAAAACCCGCGGAGGCCGUUUUCUCUUUGGAGCGGAGUGGAUAAUGACUUCAAACAUUUGAUUUGUGCCAUGACAAAUUUCGAUCCAGAGAAGAGGAUCACUGCGCGCGAGGCACUGGCUCAUGAGUGGUUUGCGGAUGUUUAG